GGCCCCCGGGCCGACAUGGUGCCCGAGAUCGCCGCCGCCGUGGGCUUCGUGUCCGGCCUGCUGCGGACGCGGGGCUGCGUCAGCGAGCAGCAGCUGCAGGUGUUCAGCGGGGCUCUGAGGGAGGCGCUCACAGAGCACUACAGACACCACUGGUUCCCCGAGAAACCCUUCAAAGGCUCGGGUUACCGCUGCCUCCGCAUCAACCACCGCAUGGACCCCAUCAUCAGCAAGGCAGCGGGGCAGGUGGGGCUGAGCCUGCCCCAGCUGUUCCAGCUGUUGCCCCGCGAGCUGACGCUGUGGGUGGAUCCCUACGAGGUGUCCUAUCGCAUCGGUGACGACGGCUCCAUCUGCGUCCUGUACGAGGCCACCACGGCCACCAGACCCGCGCCCAGCGGCUCCUACGGUGGAGGGAUGCUCACCUGCAAGAACCAGAUGAUGUUGGGUCGUAGCAGCCCUUCCAAAAAUUACAUCAUGACUGUCUCCAGCUAAAA